GCAAUUGUGUAAGCAGUUAGUUACAAAUAAGGACGCUGGACUUUCUUCCUGUUUUAUCAGUUAGGCAAUUCUUGUGACUAGUUUCAGGACCUGCUCACCAGUGAGCACAGUGAAGUGGUGGGAAUAAGGACAUUCAGAGAGUGGUGUGAAGGAGAGACAGAAGCAUUCUGGCUUCAUAUUCUCUAGGCGCCUGGGUUUCCUGAGGUCAUCACACCUGCAGCAGAAGGGAAAUGGCCACAUUGAAGUAUAUUUCCGGAUUCGGGAACGAGUGUGCCUCAGAGGACCCUCGCUGCCCCAAUGCUCUGCCAGAAGGACAGAACAAUCCUCAAGUUUGUCCCUACAAUCUGUAUGCUGAGCAGCUCUCAGGAUCAGCUUUCACAUGUCCACGGAGCACCAAUAAAAGAAGUUGGCUGUAUAGGAUUCUACCUUCAGUUUCUCACAAGCCCUUUGAAUCCAUUGACGAAGGCCAUGUUACUCACAACUGGGAUGAAGUUGAUCCUGACCCUAACCAGCUUAGAUGGAAACCAUUUGAGAUUCCAAAAGCUUCUCAGAAGAAAGUGGACUUUGUGAACGGCCUGCACACCUUGUGUGGAGCUGGAGACAUCAGGUCUAACAAUGGGCUCGCCAUCCACAUCUUCCUGUGCAACACUUCCAUGGGGGACAGAUGCUUUUACAAUUCAGAUGGGGACUUCUUGAUUGUUCCCCAGAAAGGGAAACUUCUCAUUUAUACAGAGUUUGGCAAGAUGCUUCUGCAGCCCAACGAGAUCUGCGUCAUUCAGAGAGGAAUGCGGUUCAGCAUAGAUGUCUUCGAGGAGACCAGGGGCUACAUCCUGGAGGUCUACGGCGUCCACUUUGAGUUGCCUGAUCUGGGACCGAUUGGAGCCAAUGGCUUGGCCAAUCCUCGUGAUUUCUUGAUACCUGUUGCCUGGUAUGAAGAUCGCCGAGUGCCAGGUGGUUACACUGUAAUUAAUAAAUACCAAGGCAAGCUGUUUGCUGCCAAACAGGAUACCUCCCCGUUCAAUGUCGUGGCCUGGCAUGGGAACUAUACCCCCUACAAGUACAACUUGGAGAACUUCAUGGUCAUCAACGCAGUGGCCUUUGACCACGCAGACCCAUCCAUUUUCACAGUACUGACUGCCAAGUCUCUCCGCCCCGGAGUGGCCAUUGCUGAUUUUGUCAUCUUCCCACCUCGAUGGGGGGUUGCUGAUAAGACCUUCAGGCCUCCUUAUUACCACAGGAACUGCAUGAGUGAAUUUAUGGGACUCAUCAAAGGUCACUAUGAGGCAAAGGAAGGUGGGUUCCUGCCAGGAGGAGGCAGCCUGCACAGCACAAUGACUCCCCAUGGGCCUGAUGCCGACUGCUUUGACAAGGCCAGCAAAGCCAAGCUGGUACCUGAGAGGAUUGCUGAUGGCACCAUGGCAUUUAUGUUUGAGUCUUCUCUAAGUAUGGCUGUCACCAAGUGGGGGCUGAAGACCUCUAAUUCUUUGGAUGAGAACUACUACAAGUGCUGGGAGCCUCUCAAGAGCCACUUCACCCCCAAUUCCAGGAAUCCAGCAGGACCUAAUUGAGACUGGAACAUUGCUACCAUAGUUGAAAUGAAUGUGUGCAGUUUCCUUUAGAAUCUUGUGACUUCUGGCAGUAUUGGGGGAGGGGGCUGGUUAAAAUGAGAACUUACUUUUUUAUAGUCAAGUGACUCAGACAAUUGCAGAAAUUUAUUUGAAAAGUUUUAUGACUGUCAGCUUAAUUACUCAAUAAAUACUUGCUGGUGUUGUGUGGAAGUGGCAA